GUUUCCAUAGCAACCGACAACACAGUCGAGUGAAACCAGUUGCUUCUCAAGGUUAGACUCUUAAUUACUAAAUGGAGGUAGUUAGUAUAAUUUCACUUAUGCUUGACUAAUAUUAAUUGAUUUCUUUUGUGAAUGAGCAAAUGUAAGCCGUUUGUUUCUUGCCUCACAUUUUCAACGAGUUUUAGCUGAGAAUUAAGGCAACACAAGUUCAAAACUGAAGGACCUGAUAGUUGACGGCUGUGUAAAGAUUAAUUUCGUCUGAGAAAGCGUGUCACAGUAGAUACUUCGAGUUUUUAGUAAAUUAAUAGCGCCAACUGUUGAGGUGGGAAUGUCGUCCAGCAGCAGCACAGGAGAUGUUCUCCAGCAGGUCAACCAAUUGUGGUCCAUGCUGGACGACCUUUGCGAGAACGACCCAGAAGCUUACCGUAGAUUCAUGGAGAAACAGGUGAAAUCCGGCAUGGAGUACAACGCACCGCCUCAGCUCGAUUCGUGUAUAUGCGUCGACAUGCUGGAACCACAGGGAGGCUCGCUGUACAUUAACAUAUGCAGUUGGAAGCGUGUGCCAGCAUCCCAGGAUCCUAGUAAGCCAUUACCUGUGUAUGCUGGAAGCCUGGAGGCACACACAGAUGAAGGUGCUUAUACUGUGCUGGACAUAGCCUUUAACCCUGAGGUGCUGCAGCAAUCUAAGAAAGACAAGGCUGAGAUGGACCAAAUCUACAAACUUGCUCUCAGCUUUGCCCAGCAGCAGCACGGGCUGAAGUUGUCUCAGCAGUAUAAUGUUGUUAGCUUUUGCCCCAAAAAUUGCCCAGAGGACUUGUGCCGCCGCCUCAGCUUCCAGCAGCAGAGACUGACUGCAGACAAGCAGUCAGAUUCAGCCAUACAGAGCCCGGAGUCCCUCCUGCAGAAAAUUAGCUCCUUGCGCUUGGAGAAAGACGACAAGGCUGAUAUCGUCCGUCAGCCCGCUGUGCGUAAGAAAAGCUUGAUCGAGGUAAUCUCCUCCACCACAAACGAGCAGCCUGAAAAGCCUGAGUACCGACUAGAGGUGAGGGCUGACGCCGAGGGAUUUCCCUGCAAACUGGAGCUGACUGUGGAUCUGCCCAAGAUUAGCUCCAUGUCGGAGUGGCAGCUCAAGAUGUCCAAGGAUGAUGUACUGCUAGAGGUGGAGGACAUCUACUACUUGCUCCUGGACUUUCCAAAAGCUGUCAAUGAAAACAGCGCUGUUGCAAUCUUUAACAAGCGGAGUCGAAAGCUUACGGUAACCGCAGAUAUUUUGUGACAUCUCUGGACUGGAAAAACAUAAAGGUAACUCCUCAGAGUGAAAUAUAGUAAAAAUGGUAUUCUGCCAGUACAUCCAGUAGUUUUGAUAGGGAAAGGCUAAGUAGUGGGGACAAGCUCAAUACAUAAACAUCACUAGCUCUUUCUUGUUAAAGUCAAAAUAAAGGCUGAGAGCUCCACUGAGUUUGUUGGCUGCACACAAGUGUGUUAGCUAACAGGGUUAUUUCCUGAUCAUUGGCACAGACAGUUAAGUUGUUGACUUAACGGCAAAGCAAGGGUAUCAGGGUUUGGUUAUGUGUCAACCUCUGGGGCAUAUACAGUACAGGUCCUUAUUUUCUUAUGGUUGGCAGGUGCAAAAGUGGGUGCAACAUGAUAGCUCAUGCAAACAUUGGGAAAGCUGAUCUACUAACUAGGAGCACUCAAGAUUACAUCAGCCAGUCAGUGUGAUGUACAUUAAAAUUAUUUAGCAUGCGAUGUAUCAUAACUGGCCAGUUUUGUGGAUGUCUGAAGGUCGACACAAACACACUAUUGUAUAAUAAAGCACAAAAAACAAUGCAUUUUGUCUCUGUACUUACUCGUCUUGGCUUAAACUAUAUACAGGUAGUCCCUGGGUUAAGACUUACGUGAUUUUGACUUUACGAUGCCGGAGUUUCCAGUAUUUUUUUUAUUUUUAUUUAUUUAUUUAUUUUUUAAUUUUGACUUUUGUUUUGUGAUGCAUGCUUUUAUUUUGGCGCAGGGAGCGUAGGGUAGGUAGUAGUUCCACACGCGUGUAAGAGCGCAUGUACACACGAAGAAAAGCAUAUUUGCGCACACGAAGAAGAGCGCAUUUACACACACGAGGAAGAGCCAUUUGCUUCCAGCCGAGUGAGAGAGGGAAAGCGCUGCAAGCCUGCGCGCACAUUUGUUGCUUGUGAAGUCUCUGCAGAGGCAACACCUGUAUAUAAUACCUUUUGUACUUUUUAUUGUGCGUUUUCAAUUGUGGUCGAAUACUUGAUUGGAGUUGAUGUGUUUUUGAUUAUGUGCGGACACUAACUGAUGCAUGCUAAUCGUUUGUGUGGAUUCUUAUCGCUGUAUCAGCAGCUAGUUAUAAACACAAAUUUGAGUUGCUGUUAUUGAGGAUGAAACUGAUUGAAUUUCAUUUUUAUUUGUUUCAUUCUACAGGUGUUGAGGUCAUGAGCAGCUAAAUAAAGUCAUCAACCACAAGGACCUCUGAAAUCGUCAUUUUGAAGCGUAGCUCGCUGUCUAGCUAGGAUUUAGCUCCGACAUCUUGGCGAAGACCGUACAAUGAUGGCUAAUACAUGUUUUUGGAUAGUUAUUUGGAGAUUUAGGGGGUGCUUUGGGGCUCUUAAAGGGUUAAUAGGAGGAGGAAUGGAACUCGAUCAUAACCCGGGGACUACCUGUACUAAAAUGUUUGUUUGCUUGUCUUUUCCUCUCAAAAAUUUCCCGCAGUGAAAAUAAUCUAUUACUUCAGCCCUAUUAACUAUGAGUGUCUCCACUUCUUUUACUCCAUUUUACAAUAGAGUGCACAACCUGCUUGAGUGGAUGCACAAUUAAACACCCAGUACUUGGUUCUUAAUGACUCAGGCCAACAUCGUAGUUUUGUGUAUUUUUAAUGAAGAGACCUGGAAACUUUGUCCUUUUGAGAAGUGGCUGUUCUGCAUACCUAAGAUGUAUCCCUCAUAUAAUACGAUAGAAUAUGGUAAACAAAUUCCCUUACAACACACAAAACCAAAACUGAAAUACUGAAGGACUAACAGGACACACAAAAUUGAAAUACUGAAGGACGAACAGAUUUCCAAAAACUAAGAUGUGUUGCUGUUGCUGUGUGGGCUGAGUCACUGCCUCAAACGGCCCUCUCUAUUAAGCAAUUAGCAGGCAUUGUUUGUUAAUGGAGCGUAGGUGUAAUGGCUCGAAGCUGCCGCCGCCGAGCCCCGCCAUUAACGUCCAUCUCCGGAAUAAUUGACAGCAAAAUGAUGCAUGCGAUAAUUAAUGUUUAUUAAAACUCUGUUUGAAAGAGAAGAGUGGCAAACAUCCACUAUUUGGCAAUCUGGAACUUGAGAAAAUGGCAGUGUACAUCCAUUAAUAAUACUGUACUAAAGUUAUUUAUGAUGUUUAAUAGGGAUCGUUACUACCAAAUUAACAGAUUCCCCAUUUAUGAGUGUAAACCGUGUCUACCAAGCAUUACCAGGCAAGAAACAUUCCCCAACUUUAUCUCAGUCCAUUGGUCCCGAGUGUCUUCAAUCAAGUUCUGCUCCAGUGAACACAAACGAGGCUUUUUUUUUUUUUUUUUAGCUUCUAUCUCCUCUCCCCAUGGUCUUCCUCCACCCAAGCUACAAUCUUCCCUUCCCAUCCAGGAACCACUGCUCCAUCCUGGAAUACCUUCACAAAAUAAGGAAGAAAGUAGAUGUUUUGUUGUAAAAAUUAUUAUGCACUUGAAUGUUUUAAAAACAAAAGUUUUUGUACAGCCAUUUAAAAAAUAUUUUCUUAAAAGAUCUUUUCUUUUAACCCCUCCAGACCUGCAUAUUUUCUGCUGGGCAAAAAAAAAAAAAUCUUGGCUUGGAUUUUUACUCUACUCAAACACCAGAUCAAAGUUUUUUAGUCAGGGAUAUUUCAUGCUUUUAUUGGUUAUUUUUAAACAGGCAUGAAAAUGGGUAAGGGGGUAAAAAGGUGAGAAGGGUGUGGAGGAAAUAUGUUCCGGUACACUGUACAACUAGGGCUGUCCCAAAUGACAAAUUUUCUCCCGAUUAGUCACCAGACAAUUUUUACGAUUAGUCGACUAAUCUAAUAACCCCCCCCCCGCCCCUUUAUUUUUUAUUUUUAUUUUUUUUUUUUAAACUAAUUUAGCAAUGAAAUUUUUGAUGACGCUUAUUAAUUCACAAAAAACAUUUUGGAACACUUAAAUUCUUCAUCAAAGUACAAAUAAACACAUAAAUAACAACAAUAAAUCACAAACAAUGAGGUCAAAUGCUGAUAGCAUUAACUACUGCAAAAGAAUGGAAUGUAAACAGAUUCAGAACACUGUCUUCGCCUUUCCAACCUGAUUCAAAACAAUUCUUAAAAAAAUAACUACCAUUAAUAUUAUCAUAUACUAUUAUACAUAAUAGUAUUAUAAUAAUUAUAACAAUUAUUCAUUGCCAAUCAGAUUUUCAUAAAGGGUGUCAUUUUAAAGCUGUGUAGAAUCUGAAUUCUGAAGUAUGUGGGAUUAACUCCAGAAAUCGUUAUUUAUAUGAUGAACAUGACGUGCUUUAUUCUAAAAUGUUCACCGGAAGUAUGUUCGCUAAACUGCUAACCAUAAGCUUUACACUCUGCAAAAAAAGCUCUUUUUGUCAUUGCAUGUGGUGUCAGUAAUCUUCUUUUCCCCCCAUUUUUUUUUUUUUUUUAAUUUGCAAAUGCUGUUAACCAGCGAUUUUUCAUGUUUGAAGUGUUACCUUUUAACCGCAAGUUUGUGUUUUGGAGAAGACUGCCAAAGUUUUAUAGCAGGCUAAAGUAGAUUGUCUUUUUUCCCCAUUAGCCUCAAUGUAGCAAUGCUAACUUUACAGUGUUUAAUAUAGAUGUGUUUCCUUAUUUUGUAUGUAUCAACUUUAAUUGUACGGCGUGUUGAUGACCAAUAAACAAACAUCUGUUAAAGGAACUUGAGUCUCAUGUAUAAGGGGCUGUACAAGACAUUUUUCAUUCUGGCCCUCUCACACACAUACAUUCCCUUUCACAUACAUAUAUAUAUUC